GUUCCUUGGAGCAGGAGGUUAAAAUUAUCCCGCUUUGAAAGUAAAUUUUUAGGUUAUAAUUUUGUAAACUGAAAAGUUGCUUAUUUAAAUAUUCAGUAUUAGUAUUAAUCAUAAUUGUACUAAAGAUGGCCGGUACAAGCAGUUCCAACGGGCAUUUAGAGUGUGAAGACGAAGAAAUGAGUAUUUAUAGGAAAGAUUCCAAUGCUGUUGUCACAUUCAAUAUAGUUUUUAAUGAGAGAAAUCUGACUGAACCAUGUUUAACAUUUAAACCUAUUAUGUCUCAUCAAGUAUUUGAAAACGAAUGUAUAUUUGGUUACAGAUCUUUGUCCAUUAAACUUAUUUAUAUGCAUAAUUCAGCCAAGUGUUAUGUAGAUGUGGUCUCCUCAGGAAUCAUUGAAAAGGAUGGUCAUAAGCCAGAUGAUAUAAUGGAAUGUUUAAAUCCUUGGUUGCCAGAAAACUACACAACAGAUAAAGAUGAAUUUAUUCAAUGGAUAAAUAAAGAGCAACAUAAUGUGAUUUUUGGGAAUAUCAUACACGAACAUAUUUAUAAAGGUGAAUUUUUUGAAGAUCAUUCAGUUGAAGUACAAUAUACUUAUAAAAUCACACAGUGUGAUAUUGCAGAUGAGAAUUUUAAGAAAUUUCAUCAGGCAUUUGAAACUUAUGUAAUUUGGUUCAUUGAUGGUGCAACUUUUAUUGAUCUCGAUGAUGAAAAGUGGGAAAUAUUUUAUGCUUAUGAAGAAGUUAAGCAUCCAAAAACAGGUCAGAUGUUGAUUACUCCAGUUGGUUUUUGUACUGUAUAUAAAUUUUAUUCAUACCCAGCAAAUAUUAGAAGCAGAAUUAGCCAAUUUUUCAUUUUACCAACUCACCAAAAAAGGGGUCUCGGAACAGCUCUCUAUCAAGCAGUAUUUAAAACAUUACAAAGUCUUAGUUCAGUUACUGAUAUUACAGUUGAGGAACCAACAACUAUUUUUCAAAAAAUAAGGGAUCAAAGUGAUUGUCAGUUAGUAAAGGAAUCUUUGGAAAAAAAUAAUCUUAGUAUAUCAGUUACACAUUCAAAAAAGAUAUUUGCACAUCUCAAGGAUCUCAAAUUUGGAAAAAAGCAGAUUCAACGUAUUUAUGAUAUUUUAUGUGGAUGUGAAGCAUCAUUGGAUAAAUUUACUUACAAUCAAUUUUUUAAAAAUAUUAAUAAGAGAAUUGAAUCAGAAGUAAACAAUAGGAUGAAAGUAGGGAUGAAGAAGAUGCGUCUUGUUGUCGAUGGUAAUGCUACACAUGCUUUAGUAGAUGAAGAAGCUGUCGCGAAGGCAGAAUUUCAAAAAUAUAAAGAGGAUCUUGAGUUGGCAGUUAAGUAUGUGAAAAACAAGUUAUGAAAAGAAACUUUAGAAGGUUGUGUUUAAUUUUAAUACAUUUUUAUGUUACUUUUAUUAACUAUUUAUGGUAAAAAUAAAGUAUUUCAAAAUGUGGCACAUUCAAAAGAGUUUUGAAAACAUUCUUAGAGUGACUGUGUACAUUUAUAAUUAAUUUUUUUAUUCUCAUCAUCAUGUACAGGUAUUUGCUGUUACUUUUAGAACAUAAGUCUAAAUGCUGCUGCUUUCUGUUUUUAAUUAGUUUACUAUUAUUUUGUGAAUAUUUCAGUGUAAGUAAUUUGUAGAUUUGAGUAACAUUUCUUUGAUAUCAUUGGUCAUGCACUCCUAAAAUUAAUUUGUGAUUUAAUUAGGAGAUUUAAAUGUUUUAUGUAAUAUAUAACCUACCUAGAUGUGUAAGAUGAACAAUAUUUAAAGUAGAAUUAUUGUAUAAUUCAAUGUUUUAAAAAUAAAUAUACAUUUAUUCUUUGUGC